UAGAAGGUUAGGUACAUACCAUACCAUACCAUACCUCAUAUAUGGUAACGAAGGACAUACCCUCCCUCCUAUACUACCGACUACACAACAACAAACAAUCCUUACUCCAUCAUACUCAACAACCACAACAAUACCAUAUACCUCAUCCCACUACUACGAACCUUUAUCACCGGAAAUACAUCCAGCGCCACGGUUUUAUGUCUCAUCACCACCGUCUCCCCAUCUCCCCAUCACCGACAGCCUCAACCAUUCAACCACCUGCCGCCACUUUGCGCCAUGAACCACCACAUCUCCGCCGCCCCCUCUUUCUACAAUACUGAUCCCAUCGACUUGUAAACCCACCUCUUCCUCCUUUUUCUCGUCUUUUCAUCUUCCAUCUCAACAUCACAACCCUUCGCCAUGCCAAAAGGCAGAGUUCGACGUCGCGUGAUAGCCUGUGCCCGCUGCAGGAAACGGAAGCUGGCGUGCGAUGGUCAAGUACCCUCAUGCACCAGAUGCGCAGACGCAGGUGCGCCCUGCGUCGGCUUCGACUCCUCCACCCAGCGUGAGGCUCCAAGGAGUAUAGCUGGUUUUCUCGAAGCACAUAUCGCCAACUUUGAGAACAUGGCAGGCCCCUCUGUCCCCUCUCCCCCUGACUCUAACGGUUCUGGGCAUAUCCAUCCACCGGAGAAAGGUGCUAUUGCGAAUCCUCUAGUCAGCCAGAUCAUGGAGGACAUCACCCCUCGGUUCCUCGGAAUCUCUAAGGCCAAGUUCAUCCUCAACUGCGUUUUCAAAGGAACCCAGGUACUGUUUAAGAAGGUACCAUCGGGAGGCACCGACCUAGACGAGAACCAUCCCCGAUCCAUCAUCAAUCCGCACCCCGUGGCACUCUCCUGGGUCACGCUCCGAAACAUUGGCCUCGAGACGGCAACUGGCCUGUUCCAGGGCUUCCUUGAUCGAGCAUUGACGUUGUGCCCAAUCUACCAUUCAGACGAACUCAUCGCCGCAUUCAACUCGAUCUAUCACCCCACUCCGUUAUCCGGACAGAACACGCCCCGGAACCAAUACAUCAUUAGCCUCGUGAUGGCCAUUUCUCUAUCCAUGGGCGCGUGUGCGAAGCAGACCAUCGCCGACUCGCACGCAUUUUCGUUGGUCCAGCAUGCCGUGCAAUGGAUGCCCGAGAUUGCAACCAACGACGUCCCGGGCCUGCAGGCCAUCUUGCUGCUCACGCAGUACUUAUCCCUGGACCCAACCAUGGCAGAUAUGUGGUUGUUGACCGGUAUGACCAGCCAGGCAGUCAUCGACUUGGGGCUGCAUCAGGAACUGCCUUAUGAUGAACGCAUAUCGGCACGUGAGCGCGACAUGCGGCGACGGGUCUUCUGGGUUGCUUGGGAGGUGGAGGCUUCGGUCUGCGCCUUCUUUCUGCGGCCCAUGACCCUACCCACGCGACCCUAUGAUGUAGGCUUCCCAGUCGAAGUCAACGAUACUGCCAUCACAGACAGAGGCAUUGAUUUCACCGGAAUUGUAACCAAGUUUGCCUGCAGGCGGAUCUGGAUGUUUCGGCAGAUUGAAGCCGAAGUCGUCUCCGUCAUGCACCAGAAUGAGGAAGUGCCCCCAAUGUUCAAUUCCCUCGAAGAGUGGAUGCGAUGGAUAAACCAUUCCAUAACCGAGUGGCGUCAGCAGAUCCUCUGCGACUCUGCCGCGAAUACAGAUCCCAAGCUUGUGUCCCGCUGGAAGGAGCUGGAGCUGUAUGCGGAAAUCGCCACUGCCUCCAUCAUGGUGACGCUUCAUCGCCCAUCUCGCCGGAUCCCUCAACCAUCGAGCAGAGACUUGUUGAUUGCAUUCGCCAAUGCCCUCUCAGUCGGACAAGGGUACUGGUACCAAGUCAACAGGUUUUCCGGCCAGAUCAAGUACGUCUUCCACCCUUGCCACCACUCGUUCGAUUGCGCCCUGGUUUUCCUGUUGAUACUCCGGCGCUGCAAGGUCGACAUCUCGGAAAAAUACCAGCUCAGUCAGAUCGAAGAAUGGAUGGACCGCUUCUCACGGUUCUUCAAAGAUAAUGUUAAGCGCUGGCCGUCUGCUGCCUGCUUCUCGGAGAGGUAUGAGCAACUGAUGGCCCAGGCAAGGCAGGAAUACCUCGACUUUCUUAAUAACAAGGCAGUGCUUGCCUCCAACCAGCACCAGGACGGAAAUGCGACCAUUGGUCCCGUGGCCACUGGACAAGAUCAGGGCAGUGCAACUCGUGAAGGUAUUGACGAGAUGUUCAAGUUCUUCCAGUCGUUCAUUGUGGCACCUAACGCGACCUCUCCUAUAGAUGCUUUAGCGAGCGGUAUCUGCAUGCCUCGUUCCGAGGACUGGCACGAAGAGUUUAGACUAUACUAUGUCCAGAAGGUAGCGCACUUGCCUCUGCCUUGA